AUCCGACAGCACGUAGCGUGGAAGAGGCCGGUGCAAGGGGCCGAACCAUCGCGUCCUCCCAAGAAGCCUCAGGUAGCUCCACCGAGCGAGCCGACUGGGGCGGAGGCGGAGCCCGUCAUUGCACUGUCGGCACCGACGGUGCCUGUCGAAGUCCCGUCCGAGGGACCGUCGGCCGAGGGGGCAGCUUCGCCCGAGGGAUGGGCGGCCGAGGAAUCGGUCGAGGAUGUACCGGCUGCUCAGCCGGCAGAAGAGGAUCGGGAAGUGGUGCGCGAGCCUGAGCAACCCGCGUCUGCUACUGCCGCGCCUUCGGGAGAGACCCGAUCGGGCUCAAGCAUGCCAUCCUUCUCCGACAUCAGGGCCUAGAUAUCCGCUCGAGGGAAGGCCCCGAUGGCGUCCGGCGACGACAGGAGGUCGGCCGGUGGUGGGGCAUCGACUGACUCCCCACUUCUCGAAGGAGCGUCAGCCCUAGCCAACCACGACUUGGCCAGGAGACUGUGCCAGGCGCUCAUCCUCCCGGUCGACGUUGAGGCCAUGAAGAAUCAGCGUGUCUCCGACAUGUUGUCCUCGUUCUACUCGACUAUGAUUCGGGUAAGUCUUCUUUCUUUUCGUUCUCAUCAUCGUUUUUUAUAGGUUAGGUCUUCUGACGGUCGGCUUCGUUUUGUGUAGCUGAUUUAUAACAUAUCCAAACUGGAGGUCGGAUAUCGGAGAUUCGGCGAUAUGCGCGCGGCCUGGAAGGAUAAGGCCAUGGCCGAUAAGGUCAUACUGGUCGACCAGUUGCAGCAGUCGGUCGACCGGGAGGCCCGGCUUGAGGGGGAGAUCUCCCGUCUUACCGAGGAGGUCUCCCGACUCACAGGUGCCCUGGCUGCUUCGGGGACCGAGAUGCAGUCGGUUCGGGAAGACGCCAAGCGAAAAUCCCGCACCAUUCGUCGGCUGUGUCACGGGAGGGACAGCUUCGCCAAGGAGCUCAAGGCCGAAUGCGAGCAGCUCCGAGCAAGCCUCGGGAACCUCGCUAAGGCUGAAGAGAGUCUGUCCAUCGCUCAGGCCGAUGCAGACAUCGCAAGGGCGGAAGCGGAGUCGGCGAAGGAAGCCAUGGGUCGGGCUGUAGAAGACUUUCGCGACUCCGAAGAGUACCGGGAGGAACUUCUGGAGAGCGGCUUCCUCUCGUAUCGAGUGGGGUACGAGGACGCUUGGGAGGCCAUCCGGAGCUUAUAUCUGAAGCUCGACCUUGGCAGCAUCGUUCCAUCAGAGUCGAAGGCCUCAGUUGCGGAGGAGAUGGCUGACCCAUCGUCGGGAGGUUGCACCACCACAGCAGAAGCCGAAGCAGACAUGGACCAGGCCACCGAAAGUCAAGCGGCUCCGACUCCCGAAGCGGCGCCGACCCCCGAAGCCCGAGUGGAUUCGCCGACCGCCCCCAACCUUCGCCCGAUGGAGGAAGCCGAUUCUGAGGACUAGUCGGUCUUUUAUUUUUACUUUUAUUCAGCAUACUUGUAAUCAGACUUCGGCCUAAUUUUGUAAACUUAGCCCGAACUUUAAUGAAAUCUAAGUCUUUUUAACUUUGACUCUCUUCCUCUGUAUAUUUUUUUGAGAUGUGUCUUGUGUGAUUCGCCGAAGUACU